UCGCCUUGUUCGCGGCGGUCAUAUCCACACGUAACUCCGUCACGUCGCGCAACCCCCCUGGCCACCGCUCGCACUCGCUCACACUACACGUACACACGCCGACACACCAACACGCGCCUACACUCACCUACACGUACACGUACACACGCACUGCCACACGUGCGCGGGCGAGAGAGGAAACGCGCGCGCGCCUUCGAAUACGCCGCCGGCGACUCGGAAACGGUUUCCAUGCGGCGACUGCGGCGCUGCUCAUUGCUCCUGUCCCCGCGAAUCGCUCUCUCACCGCGACGUUUCGCGGCGAACAUUCCGCACGGACUCUGUUGCAUGCGGUCUCGGAGAAGAGUCAUUUUCACCCGCUGCCACCACCGCCGCAGUCGCGUUCCCGUAAUCGCAAAACGUUUUUUUUAGAAUUUUUUUUAUUUUAUUUUUUUUUUUUAUUUUGUUCCGUUUUCUUUUUAGAUCGCUAACGGUUUUUUAUAUUAUCAUUUUUUUUAUUCCGACACAUUUUAUAUUGUUUCGACGAACAGCCCAGUCCCCCCCACCACAACCUUCCAUCGACUGCUUUAAAAUGGUCCGUUCUUUUAAUACGCGUAUCGCAUAAACAACGCCAUCCGUCGUCUCGUCUCCGGAAAUCGGUUCAGAUUCGCUCGACAGUUUUGGAUAUAAACCAAUAUAAAUUUCAAAAUCAAUUUUGGGCAGUACUUUAUAUGACAUAAAAAUGGAAGAAUUGUCAUGUUAUGGAUAACAGUAAUAACACAUUCAGUCAAUUUGUUUCAACGAAUGAAUUCUUCGUAGUAUGGCUACUGGGUAUCAAAUCAAACCGAUGAGGAGCAGUGGUCGUCACGUCGGUGCGGGAACCGACGACAUUCGUUUUCGGAGAAAUGCUGCGACCAACACUGCUGCCAUACAACCUGACCAGGCCUGAAUCGUGUCCAUCGUGGAAAACCGAGGCUACUAAGAUAUCUCACACGUAGCCGUUAAGGAUGUGAAAUUCAAACGUCAACGAUUUUCACUCUAUUAAAUGUGCAUUGUGAUAUGAUCGAGUGCAGUACAAGAAUAAAAUAAGAACAUACAAGGAACAGUGCAAUUCUGCCAUGUCUAUAGUUUUAAUGCAAUACUAAAGCUGAAUGCGAUUGAAUACGAUUUUAGUUCGCAGAUGGAUCAAACUGUCGUCAACAGUUCGGUCGCGGUGGCCGUCGGCAACAGCACUGCCGGCGGCGCUCCGGGAUCGGUGUCUGGCACUAACUGGACCACAGCGGUGGUGUCGCAUGCGGACCUAACGCCGGUCCUGUCGCCGUUCGAGUCCUGGCAGAAGGUCCUCAUCGUGCUGGUCAUCGGCGUGUGCAUGGUCCUCACCAUCACCGGCAACAUACUGGUUCUGGUUUCGUUUAUCGUGGACCGGACUAUCCGUCAGCCGAGCAACUACUUCAUCGCAUCGCUGGCCGCCACGGACAUGUUAAUCGGUACGGUGUCGAUGCCGUUUUACUGCGUGUACAUACUGCAGGGCUACUGGGACCUGGGGCCGUUGCUGUGCGACCUGUGGCUGUCGGUCGACUACACCGUGUGCCUGGUGUCGCAGUACACGGUGCUGCUGAUCACGGUCGACCGGUUCUGUUCCGUGAAGAUCGCCGCCCGGUACCGGGGCUGGCGGACCAAGGACAAGGUCAUGUGGAUGGUGGUGCUCACGUGGAUCAUCCCGGCGCUGUUGUUCUUCACCAGCAUAUUCGGCUGGGAACACUUUGUCGGUUACCGGGACCUGUUGCCGGGCCAGUGCGCCGUGCAGUUCCUCAAGGAUCCCGUGUUCAACACGGCGCUGAUCAUCGGCUACUUCUGGACCACGCUCAUCGUGCUGUUCGUGCUGUACGGCGGCAUCUACAAGGUGGCGUACGAGAUGCAAAAGAAGAGCGAAGCCAAACAGCGCAAGAUGCAGUCGAUGGUGGCGCUGAGUGCGGGCACCGUGUCCGGUAUGGCCGGUCACGCGGCCGGCAUCGGCAUGUCCAAGACUCAAAGCACUCUGCUCGUGCAGGACAAACCGCAGCAACAGCAGCAACAGCACCACCACCAGCAGCAGCAGCAGCAACAGCAACAGCAGCAGCAGCAACAGCAACAGCAACAGCAACACCAUCAAAACCAACAACAGCAACUACAGCAACACCAUCAAAACCAACAGCAGCAACAGCAACAACUGCAGCGGGCGGCCGGGGGCAACAGGUCGGCGACCGGUUUCGACGACAACGGGGCGGCGGGUUGCAAGAACGCGGGCCCGGACGACCGCAACUCUACGGCCGUGGUGGUGGUGGACAAGGAGCGGUCGAGCAGUCCCGCGUUCGAGUCGGACGAGGAGAGCACGACGGGCGAGAAACAGCAGCAGCAGAUCAACUGGCCGCGCAAAAAAUCGGUGGCCGAACUGAUCGUCCAGUCGGCGCUCGUGCAGCGGUCCAACAGCGGCAUACACCUGUCGCCGUCCGACAAUCUCAUACCUUACUCCGGUGCGUCCGGUACCAACAACAACAACAACAACAACAGCAGCAGCAACCGCGGUAAUCAACCGAUCGUCCGGUCGUAUUCCAACACGGCCGUCGUCAGUUGCGGCGGCGGGCUGACGGGAGCGCGGCCCCGGACGCCGCCCGACACGCCUUCGCCGCCCGACAGCCGGGUGGACGCGCUCGUCGGCAUGGACACGAGUGAGCUGCACUUCAUGGACGACAGUUCGAUCGUCAUCGGGUCGCCGACGUUCGAGAGUCCGACCAACAGCACUAGUUCGAUGAACGAGACCAUGUCUUCGGCCCAGUGUUCUCCGGCCCACGGUGCCGCGGCCUCGUCGUCGCUGCUGCAGGCCGCACUCAUCCGGGCGGCCGCGGCCCAGCAGAUGAGCCAGUCGGGCGGCGCCGUCGUGGCCAAGGUAAACACGGCAGUCGUGGUUGACGGCCGCCAACGCGGUUCCGCGUCGGCUACGUGCACCACGACCGUGGUGGUGGCCGGACGCAACGGCCGCGGUGCCGGUAACGACGACGACGACGACUACGGCGACGAUUACGGUGACGACGGCGACGCGGCCGGCACCGGUACCGGCGAAAAGUCGUCGUCCGAGACGACCAAGAGCGGCGGAGGCGGCGGUGGCGGUGGCGGUGGUGGCGGCGGCGGGGAAAAGCGCGAGGGCAGUUCUCGCGGCGACUUCGUCCGGACCAUCGGCAAGCGUCUGAAGGUGAAACGGCCAAAGGUGUCGGGACGCCAAAAGUCCAAGUCCGAGAACAGGGCCCGGAAGGCGUUCCGCACCAUAUCGUUCAUACUGGGCGCGUUCGUGGCCUGCUGGACACCGUACCACAUACUGGCGCUCAUCGAGGGCUUCUGCUCCAACCCGCCGUGCACCAACGAGCGGCUGUUCCUGUUCUCGUACUUCUUGUGCUACGCCAACAGCCCGAUAAACCCGUUCUGCUACGCGCUGGCCAAUCACCAGUUCAAGAAGACGCUCACCAGGCUGAUGAAGGGCGACUUUCAUAUAUCAUAGGCCGCGACGUCGGCCGAGACACACCCGCGCGCGUGUUCCCGCGACGUUCCUGUUCCUGAAAACGAUGAUUAUUGUUUCCGGACCCAAGUGUGCGCCGCCGUUCGGUUUUCCGUUUCGCCUCGCCAAUAUUAUAAUAAUAUGUGUAAUGGUGUUCCUGGGUACGCGCGAUCACCGAAAUAUUCUGGACUGUUAAAGUCGGUUUGGUAAAGCGGUUAACGCUUUAGCCCGAACAGUUUUAGUAUACAUUAUAAUAUAAUUUUAUCAAAACGAUACUUUCGUCAGUCGAUGAACAUCUCCUAAGUCUUCGGGAACCCAAUAAACCUCGUGGGAGCACACGGCAUGUAUUCUUACAAUAAUCAUAAUUUUAUUUAUUAAUAUACUGUAAUAUAUAUAUACAUAUAUAUUAUAUAUUAUUAUAUACAUGAUUAUAGAAAUGUUGUAAAUAUACUCUUAUAGUGUCUUGAAAAAAAAAAAAAGAAAAAAAGAAAAAAACCACCAUAAUUUAUUGGCUUAUUUUACGUUAAUCAAUAAAUAACUAUAAAAAUAUGUGUAGUACACAUUCAGUUUAGCUUAGAUUUUUAUAGACCUUUUUAUUAAUGACUUAAAGAUUUAUUCGUGUAAAUAAAUAUUAUUCAUAAUAUAAUAUUAUGUGUUUUUGAACAGGGUAACAUCAAAACUGUACUUUAAAAUGUUUAAUUAUUCUUAAAUCUAUUGUUUCGUGUAUAUUAUAAGUUAUAUAAGUUUAUAACAUAAAACAUAAGACAUAAGGUAUAAUAAAACAAUGUGAUAUUUAUAAUUAUUAGAAUCAUUGCGACAAUAUUUACCAUUGUAGAUUAAUAUUUCGUUUGAUUAUUGUAAAGCUUAUCAAAAACGAAUCCGGUUCACGGAUUAAAUGAGCCCUAAUCUGUAAAUGGAAUUCGUUUUCACUAGAUUUUAGAAACAAAUCAGCUGUAUUUUACAUAUAAUUAUCGUGUAAUUAGUUUAUUUUAGCCAUUGUAUAGAUAAUAAUAUAAUUAUAUAUAUUAUAUUAAUAUUUAUUAAUAUAGUUGUGUGUAACGUCAAAUAAAUUAGUUAUUCAUAUUUAUUACAAUAAACAAUAGGGAUUUUUAAUUUA